AGGCAAUUGUUGUCUCCCAAAGUGGCUCGGAUACAUUAGGAGAAAAAGACAGAGAGACAGGCCCUGCCAUCCAUCUCACAAAGAUGCACAAAGGAAGGAGAAUGGAGAGUAUAGGUAGAGGAAGGAGAUCAGCCCAACUCAGGCCAGAAUGCAUUGGUGAGCUAUAAAUGGGCACUUAAAUCCAUCUUGGGAUUCAAGGCAAGGCUAAUCUUCCCUUGGCAGUGCUCGUGCCUGAAUAGCCCUUGUUGUCCCUGGUUCCUUGGCUGAUCAGAGUGCCCCAGCGCAGUUGGAGUCCAGUCUUCUUUAUUUAUUUAUUGUUUAUUUAUUGCGUUUAUAUCUCACCUUUUCCUCCAAGGAGCUCCAGGUAGCACAUAGUUCUCCCCUAUCUCCCUUAAUCCCUACAACGACCCUGUCAGGUAGGCUGGGCUGAGAGGCAGUGACUGGCCCAAGAUAACCCAAAUUCUCACAUUUGUCUUUUGUUGGGAGCAAGGAUUCUUUAACAUGCACCCACAUUUGUUGCGCGUAGCAUUUGCAGAAGAGAACAUCUACUAUAGGGACUAGCUGAUCUCAGAUGAACCCAACGCAGUUUUGAAAAUUACGCUAUGGGCACUUCCAGACUGCUGGUGAUUUGGGGUAGAAUUCCAUCACACACCAGCAAAUUCAGGCUGUGCAAUUCUAGUUCAGGGGAGAACUUGCUCAACAAACUUACUCCCCAAUGAAGAUCAGACUUUUUGCUGUAAGGAAAGUGACAGGGAAAUAUGCUGGAAAAUGUGGGAUGCUGUUGGCUAACCUCCCUGCAAACAAAUCAGAAUGAAGGCUCAAUAAAGAAGUUGUCUGGAAGCACCCCUGGCGAGCCAAAUUGGUAAAGAGCUCCUAUCUCGUUUCUGUGCUCAACUCGGAACAAAGCAGUUUCUUAUGGGAAAUGCUGCCUAAAUGGGAGUUUGUCAUAUUCCUCUUUAUCUCUGACUCACAUGUACAGGGAAACGAGUGAUGUGAAGGCCUUUGGCAACCCCGGAACUGAGGAGUGCUAUAGAAAGCUGACGGCUACACAACAGAAUUCAACAUGCAUUCAAUCGACAUACUUGACAGGACCCCAUUUUUGUUGUUGCAUGUAUGUACGUGCAUGUAUGUGUGUUUAGUGGAAUACUUUGAUUCACUCCCCCUCACUCUUCCUCCCUCAGAUAUUUCCACUCUCCUCUGGUAGCAAUUUUAUCUUGUUUUGUUGUCAUUUGAAACCAUCCUCUGCUUGGGUUGUCAUGGAAACUGGCUUGUUUGUUUUCCUGCACUAAGAAGAAAGCUUAACUAACUCUGACACUCCCUAAGACUCAGCGUGUGGCCACCUUGGGGGGGUGAGGGGGGUCAUUCUGCUUGCAGACCUGGCCCACGGCCUGUCACCGGACAUGCAAGAAGCUUCUCAUCUCCUUUCACAAGUUAUGCCAUUUCAUCCCCACACCUCGAUUUCUCGGAGUCCCAAAGGCUAGAGCUGUGAACUUUUCAUCUCUUGAUGGGCUCCUGUUGAGUAAUACUCGCUCAUGGCUUUUGAAUCUUACCUCCCUCUUCACAAAGAUGUUUUCGGUCAUAUCAUUUCCAUCAGAAGUGCUCCCAAAUGGGUCUGUUCCUCAUUUACAAGCCCUAAAGUUUAGGAUCUAAACAAUGUUAUACACCCCUGGUCUCUGAGUGAUGAGAAGUCACAGAGUAGGAAAGGGAUGUGGGAUCUAUGGCCUUCCAGAUGUUUUUGGACUCCUGUUCCUAUCAUGCCUCACUAUUGGCCCUUUUGACAGGGGUUGGUGAUGAGUUGGAGUCCAUCAACAUCUGUAUGGCAACAGGUUCUGCCAGGGCCGGAUUUAGGUUUGAUGAGGCCCUAAGCUACUGAAGGUAAUGGGGCCCUUUAUAUGUCCAGCUGUCCUUUGUCAACAACAAAUUGUCACUGUUUUUUUGUGUUGAAUAUAUGCCAUAUGGUAAUUUAUGGACCUAACAGGUAUCUAAAGCCAUUUGCACAUAACAAAAUAUGUAUUUUAUCAAAGUAAUUGUUGAACUUUAAAUUUUUUUGGGGGGCCCCCAAGAGAGUGGGGCCCUAAGCUAUAGCUUUUUUAGCUUAUGCGUAAAUCCGGCACUGGAUUCUGCACCCCUGUGCUGGUGACAUACUGCAGGGUUUGGAUUCUUCUGGGUGACUGAGUGCUAGAGAGAGUGAGAGUAUAUUUUGUUUACUUACAGAGAAAUACGACACAGUGGAGGCAAGCAGGCACUCCUUCAGCAGGCAGCAGAUCUCCAUGGAACAACAUAAGCAGCCACAUACACAGAUGCGCACACA